GAUGAUUCUCCACCUCUACAAACAACAAAGCACACAUAACUGUGCAAAUUUUUUUUGAAGCUGUUUUUAAACAAUUCAUAUUAAAUCGUAUUGUUACGUUGUCAGCAUAGAAACUAUAUAAAAUUUAUUUUAAACUGCUAAGCAUAAUUUGUGUUGUGGUUAAGUUUAGCAAAAGAAGAGAAAAGCCAAACAAAAGCUGGGGCAGGUUCAAAACAAUUAUUACGUUUUUUUUUGUUUCGUUUGUGCCUCAGCCGCUCUGCUUAGAGAGUAAAUUAUGUCGCCACCUCGACACGGUGGAUUUGGUGGCGGUGGCGGAGGUGGAAGUGGCGGCGGAGGUGGACGUUCGGGCUUUGGUGGCUUUGGAGGCUUCGGUGGCUUUGGAGGCGGUGGUGGUGGUGGUGGAGGUGGAGUACGCUCGGGACGCAUCGAGAGUCGUCAACGUCGCAGUGGCGGCCUAAAUCGUGGAGCUGGUGCAGUGAACGAUGACUUUAACAGUUUGCACAAUGUCAACUGGUCGGACAUGCGAUUGCAACCGUUUCAGCGCAACUUCUAUCAGGAGCACCCGAAAACACGUAAUCGACCACCACAGGAGGUGGAACGUUAUCGUGGCCAGCAUCAGAUUACAGUGCGUGGUGCCGCGCCCAAUCCCAUACAGUAUUUCGAUGAGGCCUGCUUCCCGGACUAUUGCAUGCAUGAGAUACAACGUCAACGCUACGCAGAACCGACUCCAAUUCAAGCCCAAUCCUGGCCAAUUGUGAUCUCAGGCAACAAUCUCGUGGGUAUUGCCAAAACCGGUUCGGGCAAGACGCUGGCAUUUAUCUUGCCCGCCAUCGUACACAUCAACGGGCAGGAGCCGUUAAAGCGUGGCGAUGGACCCAUUGCUCUGGUGCUGGCGCCCACACGAGAGCUGGCCCAACAAAUCCAAUCGGUGGCCAAUGAUUUCGGUUCCAACGCAUAUGUGCGCAACACAUGCAUCUUCGGCGGUGCACCGCGUUCCAAGCAGGCCAACGAUUUGGAACGUGGCGUACAGAUUGUGAUUGCCACUCCGGGACGUUUGUUGGAUUUCUUGCAAGGAGGCACCACAAAUCUGCGACGUUGCACUUACCUUGUGCUGGACGAAGCGGAUCGCAUGUUGGACAUGGGCUUCGAGCCGCAGAUACGCAAAAUACUUGGCCAAAUACGACCCGAUCGACAGAUUCUAAUGUGGAGCGCCACUUGGCCUAAGGAAGUGCGACAAUUGGCUGAAGAUUUUCUCGGCAACUAUAUGCAAAUUAACAUUGGCUCCUUGGAGCUGUCGGCCAAUCACAAUAUACGACAGUACGUGGAAGUUUGUGCUGAGCACGAGAAAGGCAGCAAAUUGAAGGAUCUGCUCUCACACAUUUACGAUCAGGCCAGGGAACCGGGCAAGAUCAUCAUAUUCGUUGCCACGAAGAAAAAGGUCGAUGAACUGGCGCGAUUUAUCAAUGCUUUUGGCGUUGGCGUCGGCUCCAUUCAUGGCGACAAAUCGCAAAUGGAUCGCGACAAUGUGCUCAACGAUUUUCGCAGUGGACGUGCAAACAUUUUGGUGGCCACAGAUGUGGCAGCGCGUGGUCUUGAUGUCGACGGGAUUAAGUAUGUUAUCAAUUUUGAUUUUCCCCAAUCGUCGGAGGAUUACAUUCAUCGGAUUGGACGCACGGGACGCAAGCAUACGACUGGCACUUCCUAUGCGUUCUUUACGCGAAAAAAUGCCAAAUGCGCGCGAGCUCUGAUUGAGAUACUGCGCGAAGCCAAUCAGAAUGUGAACCCUGAGUUGGAGUACAUUGCACGAGAAUCCGGUGGAGGCGGCAGCAAUGGACGCAGUCGUGGCGGUCGCGGUUCUGGGCGACAUAAUGGAGGAGGUGGUGGAGGUGGCGGUUUUAAUUCGAUGAACGGCAACAGCGGUGGUUCCAGAUUUAAUGGUUUUGGCGGUUACGGCGGCAAUCGCGGCGGCCACUCAUCAAACACAAACAUGAACGGCAUGCACGAUCAGAGGCCAAUGAUGCGUUAUGGUGGAGGCGGUGGCGGCUCCUUUGGUGGCAACAAUGGAGGCUACUCCAACGGCGACAACAGAUACUCGAAUGCCGCACGCCAUUAGAAUUAAUUAGUUUUCUGUUUGUUUUUUAUUGUAGUGUAUUAUCAACUUUAUAAUUUGCAUUCAACUUUUUUGUUUUACAUGCCCAUUUUUAUCGCCCAUUUCGUAUUUAUUGUGACUGCAGUUGAAUGCAGUUAAAAACAAAACAAAAAGAUUCUCAAGCAUUUGUGCAAAAUGAUAUUACAAAGAAAUAAAAUAAACAAUUUUAUAAAGGUCCAAAUGAAA